CACUUGUCAUCAUUAUAUAACUGAAUUAUCCCUGAGUACGAGAACAUCUGAAGAGUACUCGAAUGAGAAGAAAAGCAGUAUGUUGCCACCUGAGAACAAAGAUUUGAUUCCAGAAUGUGUCAAGGAUCCCAUAAAAGUAUACCGCAAGAGAUGGUGGAUUCUCUUUAUAUACAGCCUGUAUGCAUCUGCCAAUGCGUUUCAAUGGUUAGAAUACUCUAUUAUCACCAACAGUGUGAUGAAAUACUAUGAUGUUAGUUCCUUGAUGGUGGAUUGGACAUCACUCAUCUACAUGGCUGCCUAUCCAGUGACUGUCAUCCCAGUGUCAUACAUAAUCGAUGUCAAAGGACUGAGGGUUGCAGCUUUAUGCGGUGGAAUUGGGACUGCAAUAGCUGCACUUAUAAAAAUAUUCGCCAUAGGAAGAGAUUUAUUUUAUUUGGUAUUGUUGGGGCAAGCCGUUGGAUCAACAGCUCAAGUUUUCAUUUUAUCUUUACCAACCAAAGUUGCUGCUGUAUGGUUCAAACCUAGUGAGGUAUCAACAGCUUGCGCUAUUGGAGUUUUCGGAAAUCAGCUUGGAUUUGCUCUUGGGUUUAUCAUUCCACCAACUUUAGUGAAGAGUGAUGAUGAUUUAAAUACGAUUGCAUCGAACCUGAAAAUAUUAUGUGUGGGACUGGUCAUUUACAUGAUUCCACUCAUAGUAUGUUUAUUAUUUUUUUUUCCAAAGCAACCACCUUCACCACCAAGCUAUCCACAAGCUGAGGCGAGGAAGCAACUUGCACCAACAUUUAGGGAGUUCAUGGAAAAUUUCAAGAAAGUCAUCAUGAAGAAAGGAUUCAUAUUCCAUAUGUUAGGAUAUGGGCUGAACUAUGGAAUAUUCUCGGUUGUGGCAACGCUUCUGAAUCAAUAUGUUCUUCAGCAUUUUCCUAAUGGCGAAGAAGAUGCUGGUCGAAUGGGGUCUAUCUGUAUUAUAUGUGGAAUGUUUGGUGUAGUCCUUGCUGGAGUUGUUCUGGACAAAACUCACAAAUACAAGGCAACAUGUUUGUGUCUGUUCUACAUGAGUAUUCUGUCUCUGGCCUCGUUCAUCGUAGCUCUAUGGCAGCAGAGUAUGAUAUUCACUUACAUAGUAUUAUCAGUAUUCGCAUUUUUCAAUAACUCGUACAUCACAGCAGGAUUUGAAUUCGCCGUGGAAAUCACAUUUCCCCAUGAAGAAAGCACUGCCACUGGGAUUCUGAAUGCAGUUUCGCAAGCAGCUGGUGUUGUCAUACUUCUGGCAGCAGGAAAAAUCAACGAGAAAUUCGGUUCUCUUUGGUCCUUGAUAUUCCAACUAAUUCUCAUGGUGUUAGCAGCCUUCCUAACACAUUUCGUGCCCAACGUUAUGAAUAGACAAAAUGCUAUCGCAAAAAACAACAUCAAAACAAAUGAAUAUGUUGUUAUCGCCCAGAAAAGAUUUAAUGAAUAAAUUGUAAAUGAAUGAGUA